AUGCUGCUCUCCGCUCUUUUAUUCUCCGGGGACGAGGUCGACGAAUCCCACGCGCCACGGUAUUUCGACACAGUCGGGAUGGAAUUCGGCGGGUUGGUAGAGGUGACGCUACGGGUCCGGGGGGAACCAGCGGCCGAACGACUCGACGCUCCGGGAGAUACGGACGAUGAGAUCAACGGAGCAGCCAAGUAUGAAUCGUCACGAAGGCGGGAUGGGUCUCUGGAAUGCGGCGGCGGAGAAUGCGCCGAAUUGGCGGAGGGUACGGACGGACCUAGAUCUAAAGACACUUGA